AUGUCCAUAAGGAUAGAUUAUAAUAAAUAAAUAGUUUUAUUCACAAAGCUACAACGGCAUUUGUGUUGUUAAGAUACCAAAGGAGCAUCAUGAUUGCCCCCCCCCUCCUUCAUCAUAUUUGAUUUGUUUAUAUAUAUAUAUUUCAAACUGAUUUGUGUGUAUAGCACCAUACAAUACAUUUUCCCAUUCUUUACUUAUUGCCUUCUAGUUUUAAUCGGUUAAAACCCCACAACAGCUACUGUGACUGAAUUAAUCUUCUUCUUCUUUUUUUUUAAUUUUUCACUCUUUCACAAAUAAAGGGGGUUGACAUAAUUGUAGUAUCUAAUGCACAAAUACAAUAUACUGUAUUUUUCUCUAAAUAAUAAUGAUGAAAAAGAAAAGUGAAAUAAUGAAAGCGACUAAAUGAUGGAUGUACAACACAGACAUUAAUGAUGAUGAUGAUGAUGAUGAUUGAAUGUUAUUUAUUAGAAUUCACAAUUGAACAACGAGUACAUGAAUAAACUCAUGUUAAUAUGCAUCAAUACACUACAAUUAUGACUGAUUAUUUCCCCCAACAACACCAUCAACACCACCACCGCCACCACCGCUACCAACCCAAGGAAUUAUAACCGUUAAUCAAAUCAAGAAUAUUUUGUUUUACUCUCUCAUAGUGUAUGGAAUGAACACAGAUUUCUCAUUUGAAUUAUAAUAUCUCUAUGAUAUUUUAAUUACAUAAUCAUAACGAUAACAUUUCAAUCUGGUAACUAAACAGUGUGGUAAUUUGAUCAACAUUAAAUUUUCAAAAGAAUAAAGUAAAUCAAGUAUCAAAAACUAAUAGAAUUUACGAUCAAAUUAUUUUACACUUACAAAAACAAAAAAAAUGUGGAUUAUUUUUAUCUUGUUAACAAUCAAUAUUAUACCUCAAAAUAUUGAUUUUCUCUAUGGUAACAGUCAGGAUAUCGAACAAUCCAAAUGGAAUAUUCAUAAACAACAACAACAACAACAAAUUCGUAACAUUCAUAAUCUUUCUAAUUAUGUCAUAUUAAAGAAUCAAAAUAUCGAUUUGUUCAAUUUUAUUCAAAGAAUUAAACGAUCCAAAUCAAACGAUGUAAAAGAUGUUCAUUCAAUGGAGAAUAAUAAAGAUUUGAAUAACUCGAAUAAGAAUGAUAAGAAUGAUCAUUCUGAAGAUGUUAAUCAUAAGAAUAAUGAUCCUAUUCCAAAUGUUAUAGAUAAUAAUGAACAUUUAAUAAAUUCUAAUAGUAAACUGUCUAGUUCAUCUAAUUAUCAUCCAUUAAGUUCUAAUCAAUUAUUACAUAAUUCAAUGGAUCAUGAAAAAGUACUUAGACCAGAGAAAUGUAUCCCAAUUGAAAUACCAUUAUGUAAAAAUAUUGGUUAUAAUUUAACUUAUUUACCAAAUGCAUUUAAUCAUGAAACACAAGAAGAAGCUGGUUUAGAAGUCCAUCAAUUCUAUCCUUUGGUUGAAAUUAAUUGUUCAGAUGAUUUAAGAUUAUUUCUGUGUAGUAUGUAUACACCAAUUUGUUUACCGAAUUGGCAUUAUCGUUUAACUGCAUGCAAAUCAUUAUGUGAAAGUGCACGUGAUGGAUGUAUGCCAGUUAUGCGUACUUAUGGAUUUGGUUGGCCUGAAAGGAUGAAUUGUGAUCUUCUACCAGAAGGAAAUGAAUGUGUUAGUCGAAGUAAUACACCAAACAAUAGAAAAGUGACAUCCUCGUCAUCAUCAUCUUUACCUUCUGGUGAACAACAAGUUGGAAUGAUCCAUAAAGAUACUACUAUUACUACUACUACUACUAAUAAUAAUAAUAAUCAUGAUCAUAAGAUGAAUGAUAUUAUACUUGGAAAAGGUGAAGACCUAUCAUUAAAUAUGGAAUUAUAUAAUUUUAUCAAACAAAUUCAUUUAUAUAUAAAGCCAAAUGAUUCAAAUAGUCCACCAUCAGAAAUAUUGAAUCAAUUACAUCAAUAUUUCACAACAAAAAUAAAUUCUCAAAAAAUCAAUAAAAAAUCCAAUCAAAUCAAUAAAAAAUCAAUUCAAUCUAAUGAAAAUUUAUUUAAUCUUUAUUUAUGUUUACCAUGUGAAUGUCGUGAUCCAUUUAUAAAAUGGAUAAAACCACCAUUAAAUGAAGUCAUAACUGGUCAUAUUAAAAAUUGUUUACCAUCAUGUUAUUAUCCAAUAUUUAAUAAUCAAUCUGAUAAAACAUUUAUAACAUUUUGGUUUAGUUUAUGGUCUAUAUUAUGUAUUCUAUCAACAUUAAUAAUAAUGAUCACAUUUCUAGUGGAUUCCAAUCGGUUUCAAUAUCCGGAACGUUCAAUUAUUUAUUUAUCAACAUGUUAUUUUAUGAUUGCAAUUGGUUAUAUAAUACGUAUUAUUAUAGGACAUGAAUUGAUUGCAUGUAAUGGAUUAAUGCUUAGAAUGAAUACAACUGGACCUAUACAAUGUAGUAUUGUAUUUUUAUUAACAUAUAUAUUUAGUAUGGCAUCAUCUAUAUGGUGGGUUAUAUUAACAUUAACAUGGUUUUUAGCUGCUGGAUUAAAAUGGGGCACUGAAGCUAUUGCAAAAUAUUCUCAGAUCUAUCAUUUUUUUGCAUGGUUUAUUCCUGGUACAAAAGCGAUCAUCAUAUUGAUUUUAUCAGCAAUUGAUGGUGAUCCAAUUGGUGGUUUAUGUACUGUUGGUUCAAUUAAUUUAUAUUAUUUACGUAUAUUUAUCCUUAUUCCAAUGUGUAUUUAUUUAAGUUUAGGUACAAUCUUUUUAUUUGCUGGUUUUAUUGCUUUAUUUAAAAUACGUAAUGAAAUUAAAUGUCAAACUCGUUGUCAUUUGAAAACGGAUAAAUUAGAGAAAUUAAUGAUUCGUAUUGGUAUAUUUAGUGUAUUGUAUAUUGUCCCAGCAACUAUUGUUAUAGCAUGUUAUUGUUAUGAAUUAUAUUAUCGUGAUCUAUGGAAUAAAGGACAUAAUUGUCCAUGUAUUACAUUAUCAUAUAUGAAAGAUUUAACACAUCAAAAUUUAUUAGAUCAAUUGAGAUCAUUAUUUAUCAAUCAUGAUCCUGAUCCUGAUCCUGAUCAUGAUCCUGAUCAUCAGACAUUAUCAUUAAAUGAUCAAAUGAUCAAAGGUAAACAUGGUUUUACAUUACAUUUAAAUCCACCACAAUAUGUAAAUGUUCAACCGGAAUAUGCAGUGUUUAUGUUAAAAUAUUUUAUGUCACUUGUUAUUGGUAUUACAUCAGGAUUUUGGAUAUGGUCUAGUAAAACAGUGAAUUCAUGGCAAUUAUGUUUAAAACGUGUAGUUCAUUGUUCAUCUAAAACAAAUUCUAAACAUCAUCAUCAUCAUCAUCAAAGAGCAGUAUCUAUUGGUGUUUUAAGUCAUACUGGAGUACUUGUACCAAAUCGUUCACCACCACCACCACCACCACCACCACCACUAUCACUACCAAAUCCAGGUACAAUGAGUUGGAAUACAGGACAAUCAAAAGUUUGGAUGAAUAGUAAUAAUCAUUCAAAAUUGUCAAAUGGAUUAAAUCUAGGUGUUAAUAAUUGUACAACAUGGCAAGAUGAUUACAUUUCUAAUAGUCGAUUACUUCCACAACCACCAUCAACAAAUCUUGAAUGUCAUCAUUCUACUGGUAUUCAUAUAAAUCAUACAAUGCCUAUUCCAGUUGGUUCAGUUAUUGGAACAUCAGGUUUACAAGUUAAUUCAGGAUCAUUUACUAAUGGUCCAUUAGAUGGUACAGCUAUAAGUGGAAGUAGUGGUACAAGUUUACCUGGACAACAACAUAAUGGACGUAAAAUUGAUGCCAAUAAUCUAUUUCUUAUGUCGUCGGUACCAAUAACACAUAUCUGAACAGUUUAAUACAAUUCAUCUAUAACAUUAUAUAAACAUUCAUAUAACUAUUAAAGCCUUUUUCAUCCCGGUCUAUCACUAAUAUCAUAUAAAACAUCAUAAACACUAUGAACAAAGGUAUCAGUUACCAAUUCUAACAUAAAUCACAAUUCAUUUUAUAUUGGUAAAACUUACUAUUAACCUUUCAUAUUGUCAAUAUCAA